AUUUGAGAUAUGAAUUUGUAUAUACUCAAAUGAGUCACUAUUAUAAAUUCAUUCAUUCCCUUUGGAUAUACUAUCUUGCUUCAAAACACCACACAUUUCUCUAUCUCAGCAAAACAACAUAGCCAUGGCCACAUCAAUCUCUGCUGUUAAUCCUAUCAGCAAAACUCCAUUGAGUUUGAAUAAUUCUCGAGCAGUAGCUUCAGCUUCAAGUUCAUCUUUCUUUGGAAGCAGUUUAAAGAAGGUUAUCUCAAAGGUUUCAAACACCAGGGUUUCUUCCAAUGGAAGGUUCAAAGUUGUUGCUGCUGAGAUUGAUGAGAGCAAGCAAACUGAUAAGGAUAGAUGGAGAGGUUUGGCUUAUGAUGUUUCGGAUGAUCAACAAGAUAUCACGAGAGGGAAGGGUUUGGUUGACUCAGUUUUUCAAGCUCCGGAUAAUUCUGGAACUCAUUAUGCAGUCAUGAGUUCUUAUGAGUACAUUAGUACCGGACUUAAACAGUACAACCUUGACAAUAUGAUGGAUGGAUUUUACAUUGCUCCUGCUUUUAUGGACAAGCUAGUUGUUCACAUCACCAAGAACUUCAUGAGUCUUCCUAACAUCAAGGUUCCUUUGAUUCUUGGUAUCUGGGGAGGUAAAGGUCAAGGAAAAUCUUUCCAAGCUGAGCUUGUUUUUGCCAAGAUGGGAAUCAACCCAAUCAUGAUGAGUGCUGGAGAGCUUGAAAGUGGAAAUGCAGGAGAACCAGCAAAACUGAUAAGACAGAGAUACCGAGAAGCGGCCGACAGAAUAAAAAAAGGGAAAAUGUGUUGUCUAUUCAUAAACGAUCUUGAUGCAGGAGCGGGUCGAUUAGGAGGAACAACACAGUACACAGUAAACAACCAAAUGGUAAAUGCAACACUUAUGAACAUUGCUGAUAACCCAACAAAUGUUCAACUACCUGGUAUGUAUAACAAAGAAGAGAAUCCGCGUGUUCCGAUCAUUGUUACUGGUAAUGAUUUUUCAACAUUGUAUGCUCCUCUCAUUCGUGACGGUCGUAUGGAGAAAUUCUACUGGGCACCUACGAGAGAAGAUCGUAUCGGUGUUUGUAAAGGAAUUUUUAGGCAUGAUAAUGUUCCUGAAGAGGAAGUUGUUAAGAUUGUUGACACUUUCCCCGGUCAAUCUAUUGAUUUCUUUGGUGCAUUGAGGGCUAGAGUAUAUGAUGAUGAAGUGAGAAAGUGGAUCUCUGGCGUUGGAAUUGAAGGCAUUGGGAAGAAGCUUGUGAACUCAAAAGAAGGACCUCCAACUUUUGAUCAACCAAAAAUGACAUUGGAGAAAUUGUUGGAGUAUGGUAACAUGCUCGUUCAAGAACAAGAGAAUGUUAAGAGAGUCCAAUUGGCAGAUAAAUACUUGAGCCAAGCUGCUCUUGGUGAUGCCAAUGAGGAUGCUAUCAAGAGUGGAACUUUCUAUGGGAAAGCAGCACAGCAAGUAAAUAUUCCUGUUCCCGAAGGUUGUACGGAUCCAAAUGCUAAAAACUACGACCCAACUGCUAGAAGUGAUGAUGGAACAUGCUUAUACACAGUUGAAUAAUCUAAAAAAACUCCUAUUAGGUAAAGUUAAUGAGGAGAAGCUGAGGAUUUAGAUAAUAGUCGAAUAAUUUUAUCAUCUUGUUAAAAUUGUGAUCCAUAGUUGAGAUUUAUUGUGCACAAUGUUAAUGUUAAUCAGAUUGGUUGCAUGUUGAGCUUAAUGUAUUUUCAUUCAUCUAAUCCAUAAUGUAUUAUGGUAUCAAAAGAUGUAGAAUAAUUCCAAGAACCUUUUUCCUUCUUUCACAA